AUGGUGAACUGUGAGUUUCUCGUCCCGCUGGCGUCGUCUCUGGUAACGCUCGUCCUGUGCCCGCUGAUCGCCCAUGCCGUCUCGGUCGCCGGCAAGAUCGUCGCGUUCGCUAGGGCGGCCGUGGAGUUCCUGGCGCGAGACGACACCGUCGUCGGUUGCUCCGUCCUUGACGACGACUACUGCUGCCCGCAGCCACACUGUGAACCGGUGGUGCUGACCUGUGGCGACGCGGCCGCCGUCAAGGCGCGGCUGGGCCUACCCAGGUGGACGUGCAGCGGUGGCGGAAGUGGCUCGUCGGAGUGCCGAGCGUGCGGCGCCGCGGAGGUCGUCACCGAGCUGGCAGCAGUGGGUGGCUGGAGCGCGAGCGAGCGGGAGCUGGAGGAGGCGUUCCACGUGUUCGACCGUGGCGAGGACGGGUUCAUCUGCGCCGCGGAGCUGUGGGGGUCAUGCGGAGGCUCGGGUUUCCGGAGGGUGCGCGCUACGAGGACUGACAGAGGAUGA